UCUCCCGCGAACGCCAUACAUAAAUCACCGCUAUUAACGGUGAACCCUUCGUCAAAGAGAACGCGACAAUGGCAGAACUUGAAGAAAAAAACCCUUGUUCCUCUCCCUGUCCACAAUUAUUCUCCAAUUAUCUCUUCCUUUACAGCGAAUUGGUUGAUUCCAUCUGCAAGAAAUACGAAAAGUACGAUGUUGAAAAGCAGGGUUCCCAAAAUGCCUCCUCCGAUGAUUCCUUUGCCCGCCUCUACGGCUGGUUUGAGUCUCAAAUUGAGGCUGUCCUGCAUAAAUCGGAGAUGGUGGCAAUGGAGACAAACAGGGCAGCCAUGGUGGCGAUGAAUGCUGAGGUGCGGCGAACUAAGGCCAGGCUUAUGGAUGAAGUACCUAAGUUGCAGAAGCUUGCUCAGAAAAGAGUCAAAGGGCUCUCCAUGGAAGAACUAGAAGUUCGUAAGGACCUGGUUCUUGCACUUCCUGAGAGAAUUCAAGCAAUACCUGAUGGAACAGCGGCAAAACAAGCUGGAGUCUGGGAGGCUUCAACAUCUCAUAAAAAUAUAAAAUUUGACACUGAUGGGCAGUUUGAUGAUGAUUUCUUUCAAAAAAGUGAAGAGUCAAAUCAAUUCAGGCAAGAAUAUGAAAUGCGGAAGAUAAAGCAGGAUCAAGGUUUAGACAUAAUAUCAGAAGGUCUUGAUACACUCAAGAACUUGACUGCUGAUAUGAAUGAGGAAUUGGACAGGCAGGUUCCAUUGAUUGACGAAAUUGAUACCAAGGUGGACAGGGCAACAACUGAACUAAAAAAUACAAAUGUUAGACUGAAAGAAUCAAUUUUCAAGAUAAGGUCCAGUCGAAACUUCUGCUUGGAUAUCAUCCUUCUGUGUAUUAUUCUGGGAAUUGCUUCCUAUUUGUACGAUAUACUGAAAUGAAUGAUUCAGAAGAUGUUCGUACUUCAUCGAUCGAACCUGACCUCCAGUUUUCUUGUGCACCUGUAUGUUGAUGCAUCAAUGCUUAUCUUUGUAAUUAUCCUACAUUAAUUAGACUUGAAGACUAGUACUUCUGUUUGAACUAGUUCUCUUCAAUAUAAUUUAUUAUUGGUAUAUAGACGUAGUAAAAUUCAUUUUCUUCUGUGAA